AUGAGUCGGCCUCAGUUUUACGCGAAUACCCUCGAGCCUGUCGAUAUCACCCCAGAGAAGCUACAGAAAACGCUCGAGGACUUACUUGUGGCCGUACGGCGGGGUGUUGAUGUGAUCCAGAAGGAAAGCCCCCCUUCAGAGGACUGGGGCAGCUCUGGUCUGUAUACAGGGCCUGCAGGAAUCGCCCUCGCUUUCCUUCGACUCGAUCGACAACGUGCAUCGCUGGGAGUGCAAGACGAAUCGCCGACUGAUUUUUGUGGAAUCGCCCAAGAGAGAAUCCCAUCCCAAGGACCGAAAGUCAAACUCCAACCGGGAAGGUUAUCGCCCGUCGGCUCGUCUUCUCCGCUAACGGCGGUUGUCAUGCGCAUCUUAACGGCAGGUUCCUAUGGUCACAAAGUUAAUGUGGAUGAUGUCGAGCUUCUACAAGAUGCGGUCAAUGUUGCCCUUCAGAAUGGUCCUAUUGUUCCUCAUGGAGGGCGGAUGAUGGGUGGAGACGAGGUUUUGUUUGGUAGGGCUGGGUUGCUAUGGGCGAUCUUGAAUAUUCGAGAGCAUGACUUCGAUGGCCAGAAAACGGCUUACCUGCAGCCUGUCUUUGACGCUGUUCCUAGCCUUAUCGAUGCGAUAGUUGACGCCGGAAGACAGGGCCGGAAAGAACACAUUGAGAAGCAUGGCAGCGAGGGAGCUCUUCCGCUGAUGUGGACGUGGAUGGAAGGCCACUACGGCUUGGGACUGGUUCAUGGACUGACUGGUAUUCUCGCCGUCCUUCUUGCCUGCAGGGCAUCGGAGCUGAACGAUGGCAUCUCACGGGAUUACCUCUCCUGGCUGGCUGGCACCGUCACCGGUGUAUGUGAACUAUGCAUUGCGAACGGCGGCCACCUUCCUACGGCCAUACCCUCUCGCCAUUCCUCAUCUCAUCGACCCUCUCAUUUUGUCCAGAUCUGCCAUGGCGCUCCUGGAGUAUUGCUUCUCAUGGCCUGCGCAAGGAGAAACACAUACUUGGUUUCCAACUUCUGGGAGCCUACAUGGGACGAGGCCAUCCGGCUGGCGAGCGAGAGAACCUGGGAGGAAGGCCUACUUUCGAAGGGUGGAGGCAUCUGUCACGGAAUCGCCGGGAAUGCAUGGCCGUGGCUGCUUCUGCACGACAGUUUCGAAUAUGAUAUCGACACGAUGCACAUCGCAAAGCGCAACUACGUAGACCGGACUCGGAUGACGGACAACAAGUCCACUGAGCAUGAACUGACCGGCGACUAUUUCUUGUCGCGAGCGUUAGCCUUCUUGCUCCACUCGCGCGAGACACCCCCUUAUGACAUGUCUUCCGAUAUUUAUCGGCUUCCCGACCAUCCGUUCUCCUUGACGGAAGGGUUGGCGGGCACCGUUUGUGCCUGGGCGGAUGCCUGCGUUGCCAUCCAGGCGAGACUACGAAAGAUAGAAAUGACAGCGCAGGGGCCUUGCUCGGAGGUUGAUCUCAAGCGAGAUUCAGUCUUUCAAGGGCUCGAGAGUCGCCAACUAGGGUUCCCAACCCUCGCUUAUCAUAGACCUACUGGUUUGAUCUAG